AUGGGACGGGUCCGGCUCUUCCUGACGCUGGUGUGCAUGGCGGUGGUUGCCAUGCUGUACGUCCUGCUGUGCUCCCACGCCUGCCUGCGGCCCUGCUGCUGGGCCCCAGAGGAGCAGAGCAGCCCCACGGUACCCACCAUCCUCAGCUUCCAGGGGUACAGCCGCGUCCCCGAUGGGAAGCCACUGGAGCGAGCACUGUGCCGCCGCUGCGCCGUUGUCUCCAGCUCAGGGCAGAUGCUGGGCUCACACCUGGGACAGGCCAUCGACAGGCAGGAGUGCGUCCUGCGCAUGAACCAUGCCCCCACCGCCGGCUACGAGGAGGACGUGGGGGCGCGGAGCACCAUCCGGGUGGUGUCGCACACCAGCGUCCCACUGCUGCUGAGGAACCAGCCCUACUUCUUCCAGCAGUCCCAGGAGACCCUCUACAUCAUCUGGGGGCCAGCGAAGAAGAUGAACCGGGAGAAGGUGGGCUUGACCUACCAGGCGCUGCUGAAGGUGAUGGAGACGUACCCCCACCUGCAGAUCUACACCCUGACAGAGGAGAAGAUGACAUAUUGCGACGAUGUCUUCCAGAACGAGACAGGGAAGAACAGGAUGAAGUCCGGCUCCUUCCUGAGCACGGGCUGGUUCACCAUGAUCCUGGCCAUGGAGCUGUGCGAGCAGAUCUGCGUCUUCGGCAUGGUCAGCGACAGCUACUGCAGGGAGAAGAACCACUCGAGCGUGCCCUACCACUACUUCGAGAAGGGCCGGCUGGAUGAGUGCAGGAUGUACCUGAUGCAUGAGCAAGCCCGCCGCGCCGGGCACCGCUUCAUCACCGAGAAAGCCAUCUUCUCCCGCUGGGCCAAGAGGAGGAACAUUGUCUUCACCCACCCAUCCUGGGAAGGCGGGUAGGGUGCCAGCCGAGGGGUGAGGUGGCGGGGACCCUGGCAGCGGGGCGGCUCUCAUCCUGCAACGAUGUGUCUCGGCUCUGCCGGUGCCACGGCUGAAAGCCUUUUGCUGAGCCCCGGAGCAGGGAGUCUCCAUCUCCGCAGCAGCAGGGCUGCUUCCCCCAGCCAGUGGGUGGGCUGGGACCCCCCAUGUCAGUGCACGGGUGGCAUUAGCUGGACCCGCGGAGCCCCAUCGGCUCCGAACGCCUGCCUGGAUGGACCCAGGGUGACCACAAAGGUUUUCCGCCCACUCUACCAGGAUGAAUAUUUAAUGCGGGAUUAAACAUUCACGCUGCUGGGCUCCAGCGCGACACGGGGCGGGAGAGCUCGGCC